AUGGGCAGCUACACAUUCAAGUGGGAGCAUCCCGCCGAAGAAGUGUUCGUCACAGGCACUUUCGACAACUGGACGAAGAGCGAGCAGCUGGCCAAGGAGGGUGACGUCUUCCAGAAGACUGUCACUCUGAAGGAUGCAUCGCAGAAAAUAUACUACAAGUACGUCGUUGACGGAGACUGGACUGUAAACGAGUCUUCUCCCAAGGAGGCCGACCACGAGGGCAACGUCAACAACUUCAUCACACCCGAGGACAUUCUCAAAUCCGACCCCGCAGCUGCUUUCAUCAGCACCGUUACUCCUCAGUCCACCACCGCUAAGAUGGCGAGCGAGCAGCCCAUUGAGAAGCCUGAGGGAACCGCCACCCCCUCUGACGUCCCUGGAGGCUUCCCGGUUACCCCCAGCACUGAGCUGGAUAAGCCCGUCAGCGUCAACCCUCUGCCUGCUGCCGCUGGUGCUGUCAACCCCAUCAAGCUUGCGCCUGGUGAGGAGGUUCCUGCCGUCGGCAUUGAGAGCAUCAAUGAGCAUGUCAAGCUGGAUAAGGAGUCUUAUGAGAAGAGCGAUGCUCUUCCUGGUGUCGAGGCCACCGAGCUGCCUCCUGUCACCAGCAACAUGAUUCCUGAAUCCAGCCUCCCCGUGGUUGCCGCCCAGGACGUCCACAUCAGCACUGUCAACCCUGAUGCCACAACCGUCGGCCUGGCCGCUCAGGUUCCUCUGGAGGCUAAGGUCCCUGAGGUUGUCAAGGAGAGCCAAGAGAAGGCAGGCGCCGAGCCCGAAGCCGCUGCUGACCCCAAGGAGGUCGAGGAGAAGGCUCAGGUCGAGGAGGAGCUCAAGGCCAAGGUCACUGAAGCUCCCGCCACCUCUGAGGGCACUGCUGGUCUCGGUACCGAGAAAUCGGAAUCCGACAAUACCGACACCAUUGCUGCUGCUACCGCCGCCGUCGCCGCCACUGGCGCCGCUGUCGUUGCCGCUGCCGUCGCUGCUAAGGAUAGCGCCGUCGAGGCCGCGACACCUGCUGUAAACGACACUGUUGCAGCCGCUGCCGAUGCCGCCAACAAGAACCUCCCCGACACCGUCAAGGAGAACCUUCCUGCACCUGUUCAAGAGACAUUGGCCCAGCAGGAGACUGCUGCCAAGGAAGAGACACGAGAAGAGGUCUCUCCCGAGGUCCCCGCCGAGGUCAAGGAGUCGAUCACUGAGGCUGGCAAGAACCCCGAGGCUGCCGCCAACACCACCGCUGUCGAGGAGAAGAAGGAGGUUGAGGCUGAGCUUCUGAAGGAAGUUAAGCCAGUCCCUGCUGUUGACGAGCCCAAGGCCGAGGAGACCAAGGCCGAGGAGGCCAAGGUUGAGGAGGCCGUGCCCGUUACCUCUGCUACUAUCACCGACGUGCAGGCAAUCGACAGCCCCGUCACUGAAGUUAGCAACGUCCAGGUGACCAAGACUGAGGUUCCUCUUGAGGAGGCCCAGAAGGAUACCCCUGCGAUUGAAGAGCCCAAGGUGGAGGCCAAGGCUGAAGAGGCCAAGGCCGAGGAGCCCAAGGUCGAGGAGCCCGUAGCUGAGGUGGCCAAGACUGAGGCCCCAACCACUGAAGUCCCCAUCAUUGAUACGACGGUUGCUUCCGAGGCUGCGAAGACCGACGCUCCCGCCGUUGAUACUCCUGUGACCGAGACCGAUAAGACUGAGGUCCCUCCCACCGAGGCCACCACCGAGGCGCCCGCCAAGGCCAACGGCUCGAGUGGUUCUCACGACGACAAGGUGUCUGAGAAGAAAAAGAAUCGAUUCAGCGCCUUCUUCAGCCGGUUCAGACACAAGCUCUCGAACUAA